AUGGGUGUGAACGGCCUCUGGACGGUCGUGCAGCCCUGCGCGCGGCCAACGAACCUCGCGACCCUCAACCGGAAGCGCCUCGCCGUCGAUGCCUCCAUCUGGAUAUACCAAUUCCUCAAAGCCGUCCGCGACAAGGAGGGUAACGCGCUGCGCAACUCCCACGUCGUCGGCUUCUUCCGUCGUAUCUGCAAGCUUCUGUGGUUCGGCAUCAAGCCUGUCUUCGUCUUCGACGGCGGCGCUCCCGCGCUCAAGCGUCUGACGAUCCAGGGCCGAAAGCGCCGUCGUGAGGGGCGCAGAGAGGAUGCCGUCCGCACGGCGGGCAAACUGCUUGCUGUGCAGAUGCAGAGGAUUGCCGAGGAGGAGGAGGAUAAGAGGCGUCGUGACGCGGAGAGGGGUAUUCACAGAGAGCGAGAAGAGCCCCAGGAGGAAAUACCCGACGUGGACCAGAUUGUGUACGUUGACGAGGUGGGCAUGUCCCAGCAGGAGCGUCAGCGGGGAAGGAAGUUCUUCAAACAGGACGCGUAUCACUUGCCUGAGCUCGAUGGCGACAUUGCGUCCAUGGCGAAGGCGGAUGAUCCUAGGAUCAUGAGUAUUGAGGAGCUCGAGGAGUAUGCGCGGCAAUUUCACAAUGGCGAGGACAUCAACCUCUACGACUUUAGCAAGAUCGACUUUGACGGCGAGUUCUUCAGAAGUCUGCCAGCUGCGGAUAGAUACAACAUCCUGAACGCGGCAAGGCUACGCAGUCGUCUGAGAAUGGGUCUCAGUAAGGAGCAGCUGGACGAGAUGUUCCCAGACCGCAUGGCGUUUUCGAGAUUUCAGAUCGAGCGUGUGCAAGAACGAAACAAUCUCACUCAGCGACUCAUGAAAGAAGCCGGCAUGACUGGCCUUGACUUAACCUUGAAUGGAGGCGGACGAAUCGCCGGCGAGAGGGACAGGGAGUACAUCCUGGUCAAAAAUGAUGGAGCUGAAGGUGGCUGGGCGCUCGGUGUCGUGAGCAAAGAGAAAGACCUGGGAGAAGCGCAUAAGCCCAUUGAUGUCGAUGCCCUGGAUUUCCAAUUCCAGGACAAGCAAAAAGCCGAAGCAUCCGAUGAGGAGGACGACUUCGAAGACGUUCCGGUUGAGGGUUUGAAUCGGCUACCGACAGCGGGCUUACAGGCCGCGAGGGAUGCAGCUCUCAGAAGACAACAGAUCUACAGCAGCCGGCGCGAUACCAAUACGAGCGGGCUGUUCGAAGAGGAAGAAGAAGAAACUCUCUUCGUCGGCGGUGAUUUGCCUGAACAGCACGACCAUGAGACUGGAGAGCCGCAUGAGGAGAGAAUACACCCCGAGGAAGAAGACGACAUCAACCGCGCUAUUGCCAUGUCAUUACAAAACCAGCAUAAAGAGACAACGGAAGACAAGGAAGACGAAGAACAAUUCGAGGAUGUGGAGAUGCCAGAGUGGAAGCAAAAGGCAGUUGAAGCCCCGAAGCCGAUUACCGCCACAAGUGGACGGAUGGUGGCCCACAUUGUGAACAACAGGUCUACUGCUGCUGUGCCGAAGCGGCGGGCGAGUAAUGCCAGCAGCAGUGACGACGAAAUGGACUUCCAAGCCGCUCUCAAGGCCUCCCGCAAGGCGAAGAGGGUCCAGCCCAAGCCAGCGGUGCCCAACGUGAAGAACCCUUUUGACGGGCCUUUGCCAUUCCCGAAGCUCGAUUGGGGAUCGUCUCUCUUCUUGAAGAAGGCCCAGCCAGCCAAGAAGCCCCAAGAAGCGACGGGUUCAAAGCAGAUGGCACUGAACCCCAAGAAGUCGGUUCAAAACACCGAGGACGCUGACAACGGCGGCGGGUUCAUGGUGGAAGGCGCCGACGAGGAAGCCGUCGACGACGAGAACGAAGGUGGUUUCCAGAGAGAGCCGCAAGAAGAGGGCCCUAAGCCGUUGCCGCCUUGGAUGAUUGAUAAUUCGGAUAUCCGAGAAUCUAUCAAGCAGCAGCGACAGGUCGAGAGUGAAAUCAACACCGAGGACAGAGAGGCUGCGCUUGAGGAGGAACGCAGGUUUGCGCGUCAGAGACAGAAUCAGCUCAUCGAGAUUCAGUCAUCGGACAGUGAAGAAAGCGACGUGGAGAUUCUCGACGCACCCCCUUCUCCGAAGAAGGGUACCACUCAGGAGAUCGUCUCUUCAACAGACGAUACUGCCAAAACAGAUCCUGCGGAACCGGCACAGCCCAGCCCACAGAAAGAAAUCGAAGUGACGAAUACUACGGCCGAGAAGGCCGGUGCGUCACCCAAAAAGGCCUCGCCGUCCCCCGACCUCGACUUUGAAGACAUUCAAAUCGAGGAUGCCGAUGACGACAUGCAGGUCACAGUCACAGAAUUGCCAGACUCACCAGAGCCCGAAAUGGAAGAUAUCGAAGUCGCAGCAGAGGAACCCAAGCCCGCCGAGGAGCCGGCGGAGCUCACUUUUGAGGAGCUCAUGGACGGCCCUACUUUAGACGACCCCAACACAGCAGGAGACCCGGUUCAAGACGCCGAGGCCGCCGUGUUUGCCGACAGCGACGACGAGUUUAGUGACCCGGAAGACGAAGAACUCUACGCCAACCUAGCCCAAGAGGCAGAGGAACACGCCCGUUUCGCCAGCGAGCUGAACAACAAGUCAGAAAGCGAAAACAGGGAAGCGUACGAGAAGGAGCUCAAGGCGCUUCGUACGCAGCAGAAGAAGGACCGCAGAGACGCGGACGAGGUCACCCAGGUCAUGGUCACGGAGUGCCAGGCCCUCCUCCGCCUCUUCGGCAUCCCUUACAUCACGGCGCCGAUGGAGGCCGAGGCGCAAUGCGCGGAGCUCGUCCACCUCGGCCUCGUCGACGGCAUCGUCACCGACGACUCGGAUACCUUCCUCUUCGGCGGCACCCGCGUCUACAAGAACAUGUUCAACAGCAACAAGUUCGUCGAAUGCUACCUCGGCUCCGACCUCGAGAAGGAGCUGUCCCUCGGCCGCGACCAGCUCAUCGCCAUCGCCCAGCUCCUCGGUUCCGAUUAUACCGAGGGCCUGCCCGGCGUCGGUCCCGUCACGGCCGUCGAGAUCCUGUCCGAGUUCCCCGGCAAGGACGGGCUCGCGCAGUUCAGGGACUGGUGGCAGGACGUGCAGAUGAACAGCCGGCCGAAGGAGGCCGACGCGGCCUCGCCGUUCCGCCGCAAGUUCCGCAAGUCCCAGGCCACCAAGCUCUUCCUGCCCGCGGGCUUCCCGAACCCGGCCGUCACGGACGCGUACAUCCACCCGGAGGUCGACAGCAGCCCGGAGCCGUUCCAGUGGGGCGUGCCGGACCUUGAGGGCCUGCGGCAGUUCCUCAUGGCCACGAUCGGGUGGAGCAAGGAGCGCACCGACGAGGUCCUGGUGCCCGUCAUCCGGGACAUGAAUAAGCGCGAUAUCGAAGGCACGCAGACCAAUAUCACGCGGUACUUUGAGGGGUCCGUCGGCGUGGGCGCGAGGGAUGCUUUUGCGCCGAGGCAGAGGACUACGACGAGCAAGAGGAUGGCGAACGCUGUGAGUCGGUUGAGGGCGAAUGCCAACGGCGAGGCCCCCGUGGCGCAGGAGGAGACGCCUGCUGCGGCUCCGGCUAAGACUACGGGGAAGAGGAAGGCGAGGGGGAGAGCUGCGGCUGCGGAGGAGGCGGAGGACGAGGAAGGGGAAGAGGAUGAGGGCGAUGAGCAGCCUCGUAGUACCAGAGGUCGGAGGGGUAAGAAGGCCAAGGCCUCCGCAUAG